UACUACAAAGAACCAAAAAAUUUAAAUUUUUACAGUGUCAAUGACCUAUGGCGUGGAGCUCGACCUAAUAGAUUGCGGGGUUGACCGCACGCUGCACGUGCGGCAAGGCGACGUCGAGUUGACCGAGUACCCGUGGCUGGGGAUACUCUACUAUGUUAAUUAUGGCGACGUUGGUGAGAGCAGAGCGGUGACAACAGUGGCUCUCAUACAAGAGGAGUUCGUGAUAGCAGUCGCCGCGGACAUUGGGCCCAUGCCUAAAGAGAAUUUUAGAACUAAUUCGCGGGUGCUUCUGGGCGAGGACUGGUCGUCGGAUGGUCGCCGCGUCCGUAACUACCUCUUGCACCCUGAAUAUAGAGAGACGUACAAUACAGUUGCGCUGGUACAACUGCGAGAUCCUGUUAGGGACAAAGAUAUAAAACCGCUGUGUCCCCCGCCCGAUAUGCUGAGGAACCCGGAGUUUUACGUCGUCAAAUUCAAAGAUGAUUACAAUAAUCUACAGAAGGAAGUGCUCCCCGUAUGGCACGUGCCGGGCAGUUUGUGUAAGGAUUUCUACAUUACAGCCAAUCUGUACAGCCGGCGGAUGCGGCCGCCGCACGUUGCAUGUGCAGUGUGCGUGCAGGACGAGCGGCCCUGCGUGUGGGACGCGGGCGCCGCGCUCACCGCCCGCGACGCCUGGGGACGGUGGCAGCUGCUGGGGCUGGGCGUCCGCGGGCCUGGCUGCGGCGCCCCCUCCCGCUUCCUGGACAUGAUGAGCUACUACCCCUGGCUGGAGGCCAGCCUCAACAGGUUCCAGCGGCUCACCAUCUCCAAGGUGUCCCCGCAGAAGUACGUCUUGCGAUCGGACGGCGGCACGCACGUAGUGCAGCGUUUCGGCGACUGUGACCCGGAGGAGCAGCGGAACCUCGUGUACCGGGAGGCCAUCGUGCUCAGGACCGACAACAACCAGUACCAGUUCCUUACGUACAACAUGACGAUAUAUGAGAACAUCGAGUACACGUGCCUGACCUUAGAGCUGGUGAACGCGUCAGCCGUCUCCGAGAUGCGGGUGAAGCACUACUGCCCGCGGGAGAGCUACGGGCCCGCGUGCCACGCGUACAAAAGAUCCACUUUCGACAUAUCAGUAUACCUGAUGUUCUCGGACCGGUGCACCUUCGAGAUGGUGGCAUGGGGUUUCCAGAAGAACAUGACUCUCUUCGACAUCCAAGAGUGGAAGUGGGAGGAGGGCACCUAUUACGAGGACUUCUCCAUGACCCGCGUCGAGUACAGGGGACCCUCGUACAUGACUGAUUUCGGGUUCGAGCCGCUGGACGAGAAGAUGUGGGUGCCGGAGUACGAUAUUUGGACCACUACGGAAUAUGAUAACUCUACCAAGCCCACUACCACGCCGCUGCCGCCGAAAGAGGAGGGCGCAGGCGAGCCAGACCGGGAAGCAGGGAAAGCCGGGACUACGUCGAUACCUUUUAACGACACCUCCGACACCGACUCGGAAUUCAUAAUUGGUAUGAAUUGGUAAAAAUUCUGAGGUGACAGCAAGCAAAUAGAGGUGUAUAUAUCUGUCUGAAUGUACUUCUAUUAAGAAAAGUAUUUUAAAAGUGUAGUAUGUUGAAAAUUUAUAAUUUUAUUAGAAAAUAAAAGGGAAGAUCUAAAAAUAACAAAAAGACUUAUCAAUUUAAUCUUGAUUAUCUAUUAUACUAGAAAGAAAGAAAGAAAACAUUUAUUGCCAACGUGGCCACCACUCAGCAUGUGCUGCAGCAAUUUAAUUGCCACAGCACUGAUACACACGUACAUACACAUAUAUACAUACAUACACACAUACAUACAUACAUAUACACACUUAACAGUAAAGAUAUACCCAUAUAGAUACGUACAAUAAUAAUAUAAUAACAUAGUUGAAGGGUCUCCAUAUUAUACAAUGAAGCAGCAAUGUUAUGCAAUCACAAGGAGUUACAUGCUUUUUACGUACUACAGGUUGAUAUCUAGACUUACCACGAUUGUUGCCAUCGGAAAUCUAGUAAAAUAUAUGAUAAAAAUGGCAGUGUGGCUAUGGCUGGCUAUAUAAUACAUAGAAUAGGCUACCCCUUACUUUCCCGUGGGUGUCAUAAGAGGCAAUUAAGGGAGGGCGAGGGAUGGGCAGCAGCGUUCCUCUCAAAACAUCUCCAAAUCCCAACUGCCUUUGCCAAUCCGCCUGC